UUAGCCACGUUGUUACAACCUCUAUGCUUGUGCGACAGGCCUUCGGGUCAACUAACACCAACUGGAGCCCUACCUUUUCUCAACGAUUUGCACACUGGUGAUCCAAUCUCCCUCACUGUCCAAGAGCUGAGGUAGGUGGCAUCCUACUACCUGCCCUGUUUACUCAUAUAGGAUAGCAUCCGCUCAUUGCCUACCAGCAGAGUGAGAUGGGACGAACAUCAAAGGAUAAACGGGAUGUCUACUACCGCCUGGCCAAGGAGAAUGGCUGGCGGGCCCGAAGCGCCUUCAAGCUACUUCAACUUGAUGAGGAAUUUCAUCUCUUCCAAGGUGUGAAGCGGGCAGUUGACCUAUGCGCAGCCCCAGGCAGCUGGAGCCAGGUGCUGAGCCAGAAGGUUGGGGGCCAGACAUCUGGUCAGGUGGUAGCUGUGGAUUUGCAGGCUAUGGCUCCACUCCCAGGCGUGAUACAGAUACAGGGGGACAUCACUCAGCUUUCCACUGCCAAGAAGAUCAUCCAGCACUUUGAGGGCUGCCCUGCCGACCUAGUAGUGUGUGAUGGGGCUCCUGAUGUCACUGGCCUCCAUGAUGUCGAUGAGUACAUGCAGGCCCAGCUUCUGCUAGCUGCCCUCAACAUUGCUACACAUGUCUUGAAGCUAGGGGGCUGCUUUGUAGCCAAGAUAUUCCGAGGCCGAGAUGUAACACUGCUCUACAGCCAGCUGCGGGUCUUCUUCUCCAGUGUGCUCUGUGCCAAGCCCAAGAGCAGCCGGAAUUCCAGCAUUGAGGCCUUUGCUGUUUGUCAGGGUUAUGACCCUCCUGAGGGCUUCAUUCCAGAUCUGACCAGACCCCUGCUGGACCACUCAUACGAUUUAGAUUUCAACCAGCUGCAUGGUCCUGCUCGUUUUAUUGUGCCCUUUGUGACCUGUGGGGACCUCAGCGCCUACGAUUCAGAUCGCAGUUAUCCUCUGGACCUAGAAAAUGGCUCCGAGUAUAAAUACACUCCGCCCACACAGCCCCCCAUCUCACCCCCAUACCAAGAGGCCUGCAGGUUGAAGAAGAAUGGACAGCUGGCCAAGGAGCUCCUCCCCCAAGAAUGCUCCAUCAACAGAGUAGACAAGUUGCCCCAGCCUCUGAGUGUCCCUAACUGUCAUACCCUGCUAGCUCCCAAGGUGGAAGACACUGAAAUCAAGUGCUCGCCUUAACACAUGAGGUAAA